UACUUUCAAAAACGUUGUACGACAAAGCUCGACAGUCUGACGACUUAGACGAGACGAAUCAUUGACACAGUACAGUAGAGAAGAAGAGAGAUCUCAGCAUUCAAUUGUCGUUCUACUUCAUCAUCAACAUGAACAAGAAAGGAAACCCACAAAACUUCCGGCACGGCGGGGGGUGGCGACCUCAGCCGCAACCUCCUGAAAACGGCAGAUUUUUCCCGCAACAGGUGCGUCCACAAUUUAGGGCGUCAACGUCGAGAAAUGAUACUCUUGAGAGGAUCAAUGCAGCACUGAUCAAAGCUCGCCAAGAUGUAAUAGCGGCCGGAGAGAAUGUCUCCACAUUGAAAGUGUCACAGGCGGCUUUAUUGACACUUGAAGUUGAUUCUUGGGAAUCUUUGGGGUUCCGAAUGCAGUAUGUGCCUUAUCUCUACAAUCUCAUGUGUACAGAAGGGAAGAUCAUUGCGUUCAUCCACUGCUUUGUCGGGGUUAGAAAAGUUACUUCGUUGUAUGAAUUGGAACUGGCUAUUUGCGAGAACGAAGGGAUUGAACAGUUUGAAGAGCUUGAAUUGGGUCCUUUGCUGAAGCAUCCACUUGUCAUGCAUUAUUUUUCUUUGAGUUCUGAUGUGACAGAAGUUUUACAAAUAAAGACUGAAGACAUCAUUUCUUAUCUUCAUAAAUUCGUAGAAACUCGCCGAGGAAAAGAAGUUAAGAUUGAUGAGUUGCUCGAUUACAUUGCUUCCAAGCGAUCUGUCGUUAGCAGGGAAAUGCUGCAAGUGCGCAUUCAAAGCUUGGGGAUGCACAUUGCUCUUGUCAAACGCAUAAAGCGAUCAGAACAUACUUUACUAAAGAGCCUGAAGUCUGCUAAGAAGGAAAGUGCCAAGUUGUUUUCCUCGGAAAAUGAAAUUUUUGUUGAUGAUCACCUGAGAUAUUUGUCGAGUUCAGAGGAAGAUGAAAGCAAUUGUAAUGAUUAUGAAAAUAACCAGGAGAGUUGUGAUGUACUGAGUGAUGCCAAGUGCUCAUUGCAGAAUGUAAAGAGUGUAGACCAAGAAAUUGAAGAAGAGGGACAUCCUGCUGCUAGUGAGGUAUUAAAAAAAAGCAAAAACAAUAAACGAUCCCGAAAAAGGAGCAAAUUGGGUACUAAUUGUGGCGUUUUUUCAUCUCCCAAAGUGUUAAGGAGAGUUAAAAUGUUCUUUACAACUUGGAAGGAGCGAUGCUUGCAGAAUAAUGCAAAUGAGGUAUGCUUGUUCCUGUUGUUUUCAUUAUGUACCCAUAAAAAUGCCAUACCUGUAUAUUUCGUUAGGCUGUAGCAGUGUAUUUAGCAGCUUUUGUGUUAUUUUACUUAGAGCAGUUUUAUUUCCUAGCAUGUUAAUUCAUCUUUUUGGUGUAAUUAACUUGGUAUCUACUGGUAUAUAGUUUUUUGUAUGAAUUGUUUGCAUUCGGAUGUAGAAGCAUAUUUAAGAAGAAGUUAGGCACUCUCAACUGCAUAGCAAUACCCAAAUUCACAAUGUCUUG